GCCCUGCGCGCCCUCCGACCCCGGCGGCCCCCGAGGAGAAGGCGAGGGCGAGCGAGUGAGCGAGCGCGGUGCUCCCGGGUGGGCUCGGCCCCCUCUCCUCAUCGCCGGCCCCCACGGUCGCCUUCGUCCGCUUCCAUCUCCGCUCCCCCCCCUCCCCUCCAAGUAGAGGCCCCCUCGGGGGGGGGGAGGCCCCGGACCGGGAGCGAAUUCCCCGAACUCCCGCCACCUCCCCCCCCCCCCUCCCCGCUCGGCCCGAGUGUGAAGAGCAGGGCCCCGGCCGGCCUGCGUCGAGCGUGAGGAGGACCCCGGGCGGGCCCACGGGCCGUCUGGGGCCUGGUCCCGUCCGCCCGCCGGGCGUGUGAAGACAGGGGCCCGGUGCGCGGCCCGGCCCGGCCCGCGGGCGAGCGGAGGGGAGGGGCCUGGUGCGGCCCGGCCGGUGCGCGAGGACUGGGGCCCCGGCCCCGCACGGCCGCCGCCGCCGCCGCGAUGGCCCAGCAGCAGAUGACCAGCUCGCAGAAGGCCCUGAUGCUCGAGCUGAAAUCCCUGCAGGAGGAACCGGUGGAGGGCUUCCGGAUCACCCUGGUGGACGAGUCCGACCUCUACAACUGGGAGGUAGCCAUCUUCGGACCCCCCAACACCCUCUACGAAGGCGGCUACUUUAAGGCACAUAUUAAAUUUCCUAUUGACUAUCCAUAUUCACCACCUACCUUCAGAUUCUUGACCAAAAUGUGGCACCCCAACAUUUAUGAGAAUGGAGAUGUAUGCAUUUCGAUUCUUCAUCCACCUGUAGAUGACCCACAGAGUGGAGAACUCCCCUCAGAAAGGUGGAAUCCUACUCAGAACGUGAGGACUAUCCUGUUAAGUGUAAUCUCACUGCUUAAUGAGCCCAACACCUUCUCCCCAGCCAAUGUGGAUGCUUCGGUUAUGUUCAGGAAAUGGAGGGACAGCAAAGGAAAAGACAAAGAAUAUGCUGAAAUCAUUAGGAAACAGGUUUCAGCCACUAAGGCCGAAGCAGAAAAAGAUGGCGUGAAGGUCCCCACAACUCUGGCGGAAUACUGCAUCAAAACUAAAGUGCCUUCCAAUGACAACAGCUCAGAUUUGCUUUAUGACGACUUGUAUGAUGAUGACAUUGAUGAUGAAGAUGAAGAGGAGGAAGAUGCCGACUGUUACGACGAUGAUGAUUCUGGGAAUGAGGAGUCGUGACGGGCUCCUUCAAUGGCCCUGUACUGCCCUGCCGUCUCAGGCCAAAGGGAGGGGAGCCAAGUGGGGACCUAGCAGUGGCCCCUCAGCAAAAACUUAUUCACAGGGGGUGGGGAAAACAGACAGCUCCUGCUGACUCCCCUAUGGAUCUCAGUUUGCUCCUUUUUAUGGACCUUUAAUGGAGAGAAAGUAACCCUCCACAGAAUGUCUGAAUUCUUGCAUUCAUUAUCCUUCCAUCACUGUAUUGAUUUUUUUCCCCCCUAAAAAACCACCAUCAUCCAAACUCCCACCUCACUUCGUGUCUACAAGAAUGUUCACAGCAAAACACAUUUGGUCUGAUUUUAGAUUCCUGAAGAAUUAGUUAAAGACAUUUAAUGUGUUUAAAGCUGGGAACCCAUUGGGAGUUCAUAAGUGCUGCAUAUAAUAUACUGGGUAGCAAAAGAAAAUGGAAAAACAAAACAAAAACAAAAAAACCACAAAACAAACUAAAAAAUCCUUUUCUUUUUUUUUUUGCCAAGGUUUAGCUGCUCAUCUACAUUAGUGUGCGUGCAUAUUUGUUCAGACCCAUUGUAGUAAAUUUUGUUUCUUUCCCUUCCUAAGGCUGGGAUAUGGCGGGCAUCAGGGACUUACUUCAUGCUAAGCCUGAUGAAAUGCGCUUCUUCUGCCUCCAUGAAAUCAUCUGAACAUGGUGGCCUCAGUUAUUCUGAGGAGAGAAAUCAGAUUUUGUUUUUUGAAAUCAAUUGGGAUCUAAAGCCUGAAAUAAAUAUUCAUACUUUACAUAGA